AUGUCCUGCCUAGGGGAACUGCCUGCCCUGGCAGAUGAGGAACUGCUUGACUUCCUCUUGAAGGAUGAUGCUCCCUGCCCUGAAGUCCCAGGGGAGGAGAACGGUCUGCUGGGAGACUGGGGCCUGCCAGCACCUGAGCUCCUGGACAAAGAGAUGGAUGACUUCAUCGGCUCCCUGCUGAGCCCCUUUGAAGAUGAACCAGGCACGCUACAGGGUUAUUCACCUGCUGAGUGUGACAGCGGCAUUUCUGAGGAUCAGCAUCUGCCCCAUAGCCCCAGCAGCAACUUUGCUGGCAGCCCUCGGAGCUCAGACGUUGUGCAGGUUGAUCACAGCUAUUCCCUCCAUCAGGAUUGGCCAGUGCUGGAAAGCGUGAGGUCUGAAACAGCAGAAGGAGACGUUUCCAUUGACCUUGGGACAUGGACAGAUUUGGAAGGCACAAGCAAGGCGCUCGAACAGAGCCCCAGUUUCCCCGUGGCUGUUGCUGUGGAUCCCGGACCCCAGCUUGUGCCUGGAACCAUCAUGCAGUCUGACUUCCCAGAGCUGGUCCUGACAGAGGAGGAGAGGCAACUCCUGGAGAAAGAAGGUGUUUCAUUACCAACCUGUCUGCCACUGACCAAAGCUGAAGAGCGGCUUCUGAAGAAAGUGCGUCGGAAGAUCCGGAACAAGCAGUCAGCUCAAGACAGUCGUCGCAGGAAGAAGAUCUACGUGACUGACCUGGAAAAGAGGGUGGCAGUCUGCACAGCUCAGAACCAUGAGCUGGAGAAGAAGGUGGAGCUGCUGCAGAAGCAGAACAUGUCGCUGCUUGAGCAGUUGCGGAAACUGCAGGCCUUGGUGAGACAGUCCACCACCAAAACUACCACAGCAAAAACCUGCAUCAUGGUUGUGAUUCUGUCCUUCUGCCUCAUUCUUUCCCCCCGCAUCUGCUUGUUUGGGAGCAGAGAGCCACAGCUGGAGCUCAGAGUGCUGUCACGGCAGAUCCGCGAGUUCCCGAACCAGGUAGCACCUGUUGUCCAGGAGGAUGCUGUGCUGGAGAGCUUCAGCCCAGAGCCUGAGGACCCCUCGCUGUUGGGCAGCCUCAAUCAGUCAUGGGAAGAGGGACAGAGUCUACCCAGCCCCGAUCCCAGAUCUUCUUUCAACAGCAACUCAUCCUCCGAUCCUCCUCUGGGGGCGGUGGGUUCUGAGCUGGGCCCUCCCCAGUCUCUGGAGCUGCACUCCCAGAGCGACCUUUUGCAGGCAGCAGUGGCAUGGAAAGCCAAGAGGCAGGAGUGGGUGGAACGCACUGCCACAGUUGUGGUCCAGCAGCACCGUGCGGAUGAGAUGUGA